AUGCUUGGGGUGAGCGAGUGGUACACUCAGGUGAUUCCUGCUUUCUCUACUCCAUCAUCUUCAGGAAGUAAGAACGGACAGAAGAAGCAACAGUGUCUCCUAGCUCUCAGUAUCAGCUACAAGCUGCCCCCUUUUUUCUCUUUGUGUCCCUCUUCCAAGCUAGCUCAUACUCAACCUUCUACAGCUGCUACAGGCAGACUCAUCAUGUGGACACUUGCAGCCCUCCUGCUUCUGGCUACCUUGGAGAAGCCCAUAUUGUCUCUACACCCACCUUGGACUACAAUCUUCAAGGGGGAGCGAGUGACGCUGCGAUGUGAUGGAUACCAUCCUCUGCUGCUAGAGCUCCGGCCCAUUAGCACUCUCUGGUAUUUGGGCCAUGUCCUCCUGCCUUCCCACAAGAAGAGCAUUGAGGUGCAGACACCAGGGGUGUAUCGAUGUCAAACACGGGGAGCACCCGUCAGUGACCCCAUCCACCUCUCUGUGUCUAACGACUGGCUAAUUCUGCAAGUACCUUAUGCUGCAGUGUUCGAGGGAGAGCCCCUGGUGAUGCGCUGUCGUGGCUGGUACGAUAAAGUCGUCUACAAGCUUCACUACUACCACGAUGGCCAGGCCGUGAGAUACUUCCAUUCUAGUACCAACUACACGGUGUUACAAGCACGAUCUAGUGACAGUGGUCACUACCAGUGCUCUGGCACCAUGCGUAUCCCAGUGGAGAGUGCACCCAUGUUCUCCUCCAAGGUGGCUGUCACCGUGCAAGAGUUGUUCCAGACACCGGUGCUCAGGACGCUGAGCCAGCAGGAGGCGCGCGGUCGCGUGGUCCUGCGCUGCGAGACGCGCUUGCAUCCGCAGAAGCGAGACACGCCGCUGCAGUUCGCCUUCUACAAGUACAGUCGGCCUGUCCGCCGCUUCGACUGGAGCGCCGAGUACACUGUCCCUGAGUCCGAGGUUGAGGAGCUCGAAUCCUACUGGUGCGAAGCCGCCACGACUAGUCGUAGUGUCCGGAAACGCAGCCCCUGGCUGCAGCUUCCCGGGCGGGGCUCAGCCCUGGAUCUGGCGUCCACAACUGCCCCGAACCCACAGGCUGCAGCCUUAGCUCCCGGGGACAAGCCGCUUUCCUUCCGGAAGACCCCGGUAUCCAGAUCCGUCCCGUCAGUCACUUCCGUCCCGAACAGCACCUUUGCGGGGCUGCAGUUCCCCGCCGGCCAUGUCCCUACUGUUGGGCCACAGGUCUGUGAGCCUCUGCCCACGUCCGUGGAACAGUCCUGUGAAGCUCUGCAACGCAAGGUGGACCUCCAGCUUCGCGAGAUGCAGCUGCUCAAAGAGCUUCUGAGCCAUGUGGUCCUGGGAUUAAAAGAGCUUACAGAGACCCCCAAGGCACCCAAUUCUCAGAUUUCUGAAAGCCAGAGAACCCCAGAGACUACUGUCCUGGAGGGUGGAGUGGAGAGCUAGUGUCUUCUCUCCAGGAUGGUUCCUCCUGGAUCUUCCCUCCACCAGGUCAGCUCUUUUGCAAACCACUGUCCCCUCGUACUCCUGUGGUUUUUAAAGAAACGCCCCUGAAGUGUGGUGCUGUGGAUUUUCACCUUACUAGAUAGCUUGUAGGCGACUGUAGGCCAUUUCAGUCUUGCACAGUAGUUUGUAAACACAAAUACCCUCUCUGGUUUGUUCUUUCUUCCAUACUCCAGGAGAGAAGUAGACAGCUGUUGUUUACUGUUCCACAGUUUGCACUCUUGAAAGUGAAUUUAGACCUCAUAGAAAUUAAGUACACAUUCCAGUGUAGGUGAGUGUUUUGUUUUGUUUGUUUUGUCACUGAGGUUAAUGAGCACUUUAGAAC